AGAGCGCUGGUCCGAGCACCGACCCCGGGGGCCCCACCUCGCUCCUACCUCGCUCCUACCUCGCUCCCUUGAGGCAGGAGGAGCGUGCCCGGCUUGAGGCCAUCCUAGCCUUUAGGAGUCUAGACUCGACUGGAAGAUUUCUCUCCCUCUUGCUCUUGUGCCUCCUCCUCCUCCCUCCUCCUCCUCCGGUACAAAAUAUUUAGAAAACGCGCCGCCCUGCAGUGGUCACUGUGAAUACAACACGCCAGUCCCCUUCGUGGGGUCUCAUCCUGCUCUGCGCCCGUGGAUCUACGAUGCAAAGACUGGUCCUUCCUUUACCAGUUUCCGGGCGGACCCCAAUGCGUGGGGCGGGAUGACCAAGAGGCCCCCCCCCCGGCCAGGGAGACAGGAUCGUGCCCCAAAUGGAUGCUCUUUUCACAGUGGGCUGCACUUCUGGUUCGGAUUCAUCGCGUGACGUUUUUAAGCCCCGGCUUCGGCUGCUGGCUUCGCUCCGCAGCCGGGGGGUCCACUUCGGACGCUGCCGCCAGCCGCCAGCCCCACCAUGCAUUUCAUGCAGCGGGAUCUCAAGCCGCUUCGCUUGUUGCAGUCCCUUGAUCAAAUAUUUCACUGGCUUUUGCUUGUUGCUUUUAGAAGCCUUUUAUGCAAAAUCUCAUCUCAUCUCCCCGAACCAGCCGGCCGGCCGCGGCCAGCGCGGAGACAGAGACGCGGCGCCUUUAAGGGCAGCCCCGCCCCCUGCUCCAGUCCGCAGCGGAUUGGCCGGAGCAAUGCCGCCUGCGCGGAAAGAGAAACAUUUUGCAGCGCGCCUGCCCUGCCCGGGUGGCCGGUUCCUGCACUUGGGUGGCCUGCGGACCGCUUUGUACAACUACCUCUUUGCCAAGCAGCACCAGGGCCGCUUCCUCCUGAGGCUGGAGGACACGGACCAAAGCCGCGUGGUGCCCGGGGCCGCCGAGGGGCUGGAGGACAUGCUGGAGUGGGCAGGCCUCCCGCCGGACGAAAGCCCUCGCCGGGGCGGUCCUGCUGGCCCCUACCAGCAGUCCCAGAGGCUUGGCCUCUACAGGGAAGCCACGGAGCUGCUCCUCGAGAAGGGGGCCGCCUACCGCUGCUUCUGCACCCCACAGCGCCUGGAGCUUCUCAAGAAGGCAGCCCUGCGCAGCCAGCAGACCCCACGGUACGACAACCGGUGUCGUCACCUCAGCGCCAAGCAGGUGGCCGAGAAGAUGGCGCAGGGGACGGGCCACGUGGUCCGCUUCCGGCUGGAGGAGGGAUCGGAGCCCUUCUGCGACCUGGUCUAUGGCUGGAGCAAGCACGAGGUGGCCAGUGUGGAGGGGGACCCGGUGGUCCUGAAGAGCGACGGUUUCCCCACCUACCACCUGGCCAACGUGGUGGACGACCACCUCAUGGGCAUCAGCCACGUGCUGCGUGGCGCCGAGUGGCUGAUCUCCACCUCCAAGCACCUCCUGCUGUACAAGGCCUUGGGCUGGGACCCGCCUCGCUUUGGCCACCUGCCGCUGCUCCUGAACCCGGACGGCAGCAAGCUCUCCAAGAGGCAGGGCCACGUCUUCGUGGAGCAGUUGGCUCAGGAAGGCUGCUUGCCGGAAGCCCUGCUGGACUUGGUGACCACCUGCGGCUCUGGCUUUGCAGAGACACGGACGGGGAGGUCGCUGGAGGAGCUGGUUGCCGAGUUUGAUGUGGGCAGGAUUGAAAGGCACUCGGCCCUGCUGGACCUGGAGAAACUUCCCGAGUUCAACAGGAUCCACCUGGCCCAGCAGAUUGGAGAGGAGACGCUGCGGCCGAAGCUGGUGGCCGAGGUGCAGGCCGUGGUGGAGCAGGCCUAUGGGGAGCAGCUGGAGGACCGAGGGGUCCUUGAGAAGCACUACGUGGAGCAGGUGCUUCUCUUGAGCAGAGGCCACAUAAGCCGCGUGAAGGACUUGGUGUCACCCCGGAAUGCCUACCUUUGGAUUCGGCCCUCCGUGCCUCACGAGGAGCUGCAAGUGGUUUCGGCCAAGGCAGAUGAGAUCGGGAAGCUUGUCCUCCGGUUGCUGGAGGGCCCGGCAGCUGCUCUGUCUCCCCAAGAGCUCGGCCAAGGCCUGAGGCAGCUGCAAGGGCAGGUUCAAGGCACCCCAUACAGCCAGAUGAUGAGGCUGCUUCGCCUGGCCCUCAGUGGCCAGCAGCAAGGGCCCAGCGUGGCCGAAAUGAUUGUCUCCCUGGGGCCCCGAGAAGCCAGAGCCCGGAUCCAGAGGGCCUUGUGCAGCUGACCGGCCCCCCUGGAGGAGGAAGUGGGCCCUCCAGCCAUGCCUUGGACGGAGGAGGCUGCGGACAGACAGACUUCCAUGGAGUUGGCACAUUCUUGGGAGGGCUGCCGCCCGUCCCAGAGAAAGACUUUGCUGCCCUCAGGACGGCACUCUGUUGUUUUACCAUGCGGGUGCCCCCGUGGCGCUGGCCGGAAGGUGCCACUGACCGGUUCACCUUCCGUCUGACCUGAUGAUGAUGAUGAUGAUAAUAAAGUGAAAGACGGACUCA